GCAAACGUAGUGCAACGCGUUGCAUCUUCGGGAGCACCGCGGCCAACACUGGAAAGCAUGCGUCUGAGAAUUCCAGGCUUGAUUGUCUCACUCAUGCUCACUACUGACACUCUGAAGUUUAUGAUGGCGGGUUAGGAGCAAUGGGGCAAGCUUCGUGAAUGACCCCUCGCGGAGCGAGGGGGCGCGAGCGAUCCGAGCUUUUUGUGCUGCAUGAGCUCCCGUGCAGUGUCACUUAACAUUCUGCACCUAUAAACUGCGUACACUUCCAAUUUGUGCACUCAGAGCACGCAAUCAGGCGCUGCAUGACUUACGAACCACCAUGCACGCUUCCUGUGCGAGCAUGUUCGCGUGCCUCCUACUAAUCGCGGCAUGCAUGCAUGCAACGAAUGCCGAGCUGGUGAUGGUAUACUCGCUGCAGCGGCACGGCGCCCGUAACGUGCUACCAAAAGGCGCGCUCCUCACUGAGACCGACCUCAUCGGCGGCCCGACCCUGCUGCCAGAGGGCCAAAGGCAGACCUACAACGCGGGCGCCGCCUUCCGCGCGCGCUACCUCUCCAACACGACCUGCAGCGCCACCGGCACGUGCCUCAACGGCUCGGACGCUAGCGGCGGGGUCAGCAGCGGCGGAAAGUACGGCGUGGUGGGCCAGCCGGGCGUGGGCUUCGGCAACUUCGACGUGUACGUUCGCAGCAGCGCCCUGGAUCGCACGCUGAUGUCGGGCGUGUGUUUCUUCAACGGCGUGUUCCCGCCCGACCCCGCCGCGCCCGCCGCCAACCCCGCCGCCUACUUGCCCACCGGGGCACAGGUGGUGCCGGUGUACACGCAGUCAGACCAGAAUGACAUCAUCAUCCGUGCCUACACCAAGUGCCCCGCCUACCAGGACGCUCUGGAGGGCUGGUUCGGCAGUGCGGAGUUCCAGUCCCAGGCCAACGCCAGCGCGGGGCUGCGCGCGCAGAUCCAGGACCUGGCCUACUGGCUGGAGGUGCGCAAGAUGCAGCCCGCCCUCACCCACAACCUGCUGGCGGGGCCGCUGCUGGCGGACCUGCUGGGCAGCAUGUCGGACGCAGUGGAGGCGGCGGGGAACGGGUCGCAGCUCUACUACAAGCUCGUGUCUCUGUCUGGGCACUACAAUACACAGCUAGGGCUGCUCGCAGCACUGGGGCUGGAGGCGGGGGCGGGGCCCGCCGCCGCCGCCUUCGUCUGGUACCGGCCCUCUCUGCCCAAACUGGCCGCCGUGCUGGCCUUCGAGCUGCACUACGCGCCGGCUACUGCCGGCUCCGGCGGCAGUAGCAACAGCAGCGACAGCCGAAUGUAUGUGGUGCGGGCAGUAGCACAGGACGGCCCCAGUGCGUCGUACGUCACAGUGCCGCUGCCGUGCGCCUCGGCCGCCGCGGCGGCGGCGCUGGCCGCCGCCGUCAACGCCGCCACCCCCGCCGCCAACGCGACGGCCGCCGCCGCCAAUGCGGCGGCGGCGGUGGGCGCAUGCACGCUGGACGAUUUCGUGGCUCUGGCGGCGCCGCAGUCGAUGCCGGAGGCUGCGGACUGGUGUUCGGCGUGUGGUAACAACGACGUUGCGGCGUGCCGCAUCGUGAGCCUGCAGUCUGAGGAAGGCGAGGGCGGCGAUGGGGAUGGGGAGGCCUGGAAGAUCGCGGUGUCGGUGGUGGUGACGUUUGUGGGCGCGCUGGCGCUGGCGGUGUGUGGCGUGUGUGUUUGGAGCCGCUACACGGCCGGGCGGCAGCAGCAGCAGGGCGGGGCUGGUGGGGCUGGCAGCAGCAGCAGCUUCUUGCCGGGUGGGAAGGCGGCCGCGGCGCCCGCGCCUGGGUGUUUCGAGGGCGUGGGCGGCGGUGGCGGCAAGGGGGGCCGCGGCGAGGGCAUGGAUGCGGAGCUCACGCCGGCGCCCUUCCGCUACAGCAGUGCCGCAGCGCACCAGAUCUAAAGGGGGGCGGGGCUGUAGCAUGUGCCCGAGCGUGAUGAGAAGCGGGGCUGUGGGCGCUGCUGUUGGAGUUAUGGAGUGUGGCGGCUGUACGGUAGUAUGCGCCCAAGCGCGGCGGAGGGCCCUGUUGGGGAGCCUGCGGGCGCUGGCGGCGUUGUUGUGGGAUCCCACCAGUAUGAUACGUCGGCUGUGGUUGCGUAGGUGCAUUGGUUAAAAGAGGGAAGCGCUGGCAGCAAUCAUAUGAAGUGCGCGAGCUUUGUACGUCGAGAAAAGCGCAUUCUGCCAAGGGUACAUGAAACUCAACC